CGAAUCCUUUUAGCGUUGCCACCACAUCAUCCAUCACAUAGCCUUCCAAAUACAUCUCUCUCUUUUUGGAUCCAUCGUUUCACUAGCCCCAUUACUUUGCCAGAAACCUGUUUCUCAUCGCCGAUGGAAAAAGCUAAAGUUAUUGAAGCUAAAGAUGGAGAUAUUGCUGCUGUUCCUACUGCAUUUGCUGGUCAUCAAGAAGUUGUCGAUGCCAAAGAUGGAACUAUCUCAGUGGCGUCUGCAUUUCCUGGUCAUCAAGAAGCUGUUCAGGAUAGAGAUCACAAAUUCUUGACAAAAGCAGUUGAAGAGGCGUACAAAGGUGUCGAUAGUGGAGAUGGAGGUCCUUUUGGCGCUGUUGUAGUACAGAAUGAUGAAGUGGUCGUAAGGUGUCAUAACAUGGUCCUCAAGCACACAGACCCUACUGCUCAUGCAGAGGUUACAGCAAUAAGAGAGGCUUGCAAGAAGCUCAACAGGAUUGAGCUCUCGGACUGUGAGAUAUACGCUUCAUGUGAGCCAUGCCCCAUGUGUUUUGGCGCAAUCCAUCUCUCCAGAAUCAAGAGACUGGUGUACGGAGCGAAAGCUGAAGCUGCUAUUGCCAUCGGUUUCGAUGACUUCAUAGCAGAUGCAUUGAGAGGUACUGGGUUUUACCAGAAGGCUAAUCUUGAAAUCAAAAGAGCUGAUGGGAAUGGCGCGAUGAUAGCAGAGCAGGUAUUCGAGAAAACAAAGGAGAAAUUUCAACUAUACUGAAGAAUAUUCCUUCAAUUGUAAUUGUUGAUGAUACCUAUUAACUCUCAACAACUGCUCUUUUGUUCUUUGCUGAUGCAUUUAACGUUUCAUAUAAAGGGAUUUGCUGUAUUCUCUUAAUAAUUGUAACUUUGUAAAUGCAUAAUUAUGAAAUGGAUUUUAUUUGAGUUGAAGGCUA